GUGCAAUUUACGGUACCCUCAGUCGCAGAUCAUCGGGCAAAAACUGAACUCUUCCUCUACUUGCGUCCGGACUUGAUGCCCUAUCCCCACUGUCUGAAUCGAGCCAUUUAUCCUGGGGUUGCAGAGAACUACGAUUUCUAAGCUAUCUGGGACCUUUUGUCAGGUCAACUCCGGCAGUGACAUACCCAGAUACACCUCCCUGAGAACAACCAGCAUCAGGCCCCGAGAACCAUCGUGUUGAAACAACACAACAUCAAACCAAGUCUACGAGACUCAACCAACGUUCACACCCAUCAAGGAUACCCCAUCUCGAUCCCACCUUCUUUCCCUGUUAGUUGCCUCCGCCCAGAAUGUCUGCAGCCCCGUCAAACCCACAGGAGGCGCAGGAGAAGCACGACGCAGAGGCGAGCGUGAAGCGCAAUCCGCACGGCGACUUUGGCCAAGUGCAGGCCUCGCGCCCGGACUGGGACGAGGCGCGCACGUGGCGAUUCACCAAGACGCGGAAUCCCGAGUGGACGUACGGAUCGGGGUCGGGAGCAUCCAUCUCGAAUACCACGUCUGAGAAGCAACACAUCAGCAUCGACCCCUACGCGCCGGGCCGGCAGCCGGUGCAGAACUACAAGCUGCUCAUCAGCGGCAUCAUCCCGCGGCCGGUGGGCUUCCUGUCGACGCGGUCGGCGGACGGGGCGUCGACGAACCUGGCGCCGUUCUCGUACACGCAGCUCUUCAACCACGACCCGCCCAUCUUCUGCGUCGGGUUCUCGGGCGGCUUCGACAACGCCAAGGACUCGCUGCGCAACUUGAUCGAGAGCGGCGAGUGCGUCAUCAACAUCAUCUCCGAAGACUUUGUCGAGGCCGCCAACGCCUGCGCCAUCGAUCUGCCCUACGGCCUGUCCGAGUGGGGCGUCUCCGGCCUGCAUCCCGCCGACUGCGAGGUGGUCCAGUGCUCGCGGGUCAAGGAGAGCGUGUUCAGCGUCGAGGGCAAGCUGGUCUCGACGCAGGAGUUCGAGUCGCGCUCGCCGAAGACACCGGGCAAAAAGACCGGGGUCUUGGCCAUCAUCGAAGGAGUCAGGUUCUGGGUCAGAGAAGAUGCCAUCAACGAGGACAGGACGCUGAUCGACCCCGCCGUGCUCAGGCCCGUGGCUAGACUGGGAGGCAUCACGUAUGCCAGAGUCGUGGACGGGUUUGAGCUUCCCAGGCCCGUCUUGAAGGACGAGAGGGCCCAGGGCAAGCUCGGCGAAGAGCUGCUCAAGGAAAAGGUAGAAGGACAGUGAGAUAGACGGAUUCAUGUUCGAGCGUGGUUUUUGGCGGUCUUUUUUUUUUUUUUU